UCUAGUCCCAUCUCUAGUCCCAUCUCUAGUCCUACCUCUAGUCCUACCUCUAGUCCUACCUCUAGUCCUAUCUCUAGUCCCACCUCUAGUCCCACCUCUAGUCCCAUCCCCACAACCACCACCACCCCCACCACCACCCCCACAAUCACUACAACCCCCACCACCACCACCCCCACAACCACCACAACCCCCACCACC